GUGAGAUGGAUAGGAUAUCUGAUGUCAGUAUUGGUCCUUUGAGAGAUUCUAAGUAUAUUCAGUGCUACCAAGUGUCUUACAAACAAAAUGGUAAACAGAGGUACUGGGACUGCCUGAGACAGCAUGACAGUGUUGGUAUCCUGAUUUAUAAUGUAACGAGACAAGCAUUAGUUGUCGUAACUCAGUUCAGACCAGCUGUGUACAUGUCUUCUAAUCGCCCUGUCUGGGAAAACUCGGAGAUAUUUACCAGUGGAUCACUCAAUAUGAAGGCAGACAAAGGAUCAGAGUCUCAGGUUGGCCCUGAAAGUGAUGCAACUGCACCUAAAUACGGCCCAUCAAGUGAAGGAAUGACAUACGAACUAUGUGCUGGUAUCGUCGACAAGGAUAUACCACUAGCAGAGAUUGCUCGGGAGGAAGUUCAAGAGGAAACAGGCUACCAAGUCAAGACGGAAAACCUUCAGUAUAUAACGAGUUUCUGGAGCAACAUAGGCACGGCUGGCUCAAAGCAAUCGCUCUUCUAUUGCGAAGUGACUGAUGACAUGAUAGUUGGGAGUGGAGGGGGCAAUCAACAUGAGGGGGAAAUGAUUGAUGUAUUGGAUAUUCCUAUCAGUACAAUUGAUGAAUUUAUUGUAGACGAAAGCAAGAAGAAAUCAAUGGGACUUUGUUUCGGAUUUUCAUGGUUUGCAAAGAAUGUUUUACCCAAGCAGAAAAAUGGUCAAUAAGAAUUAUUAUUUUUUUGAUUGAUGGUAUCAUAGGUACUAUUUAAAUUAUUUAUAUAUUUUUAAAUAAUAAUAAUUAUUAUUAAUUUAUUAUUAUUAUCAUUAUUUAAAAAUUUGGUGAUAAUACAAUGUUAGUACCAUA